GGAGCCAUUGGAUGGAUCAAUCAGAUGGACCAUGAGGGUGCGGCCCUUCCAUCGGGUGGCUCGUGCCAACGACAACCGUCCGUCCUCCGUCCUCCCCACCUCCCCCAUCAUCAUAAUCAUCAUCGUCGCCGUCGUCGUUCGUCGUCGUCGAUUUGCACCUCACGGCUUCUCUAUUCUCCCAUUUGUUUUCUCUUUUCCGCCUUUACCAUUUGGGGAACAAUACUAGUAUAGCCUCUCGCUUGAAUUUUUUUUGUUUCUUUGUUUCAUUUGCCCGCCGUUUUGUUUCGUCCUUUCUUGUAAAACAGCAGCAGUCCGCCUCUCCAGCAGGGGGAUAGCCAGACACGGCCCGCCUCCAGUUCGGUUGCUCUGCCAAGGCAGGCAACGCGACCUCUUCUGUUCAGCGCGGUUUCCCCUGUCGUCUUGGUUUCUGUUGAAUUGGUCUUGUUCCUGCAUCUCCAGCGGCCGUCAGCAUCUUCACCGCGAGUCCUGCUCGACUUGCAUGGGAAUUGCUGUUUCGACCAGCGAUGCCACAUAAUAUCUAAUUACUCGUUAUCGGACCCCAUCUUGCCAGCGCCCGUCCGCCUUUCUCCCUCGUGGACACCCGCGUCUUCGCCGCCGAAACCGAGCCACUGCUCUCGACUGCUCUCGACCCGUCAAACCCUGCUGCACCACUCGCCACGGACCGACAGCCUCCUGACCGAAUUGGGCUCUCACGGCCACCCGAGGGCCUCGUCAUACCUCGGCAGCGAGAUCCGCGCUUCACUCGCAGCUUCCCGUGCCGUGGGUAACGCCAACAGGUACGACGAUUGUGCCCGUGGCACGACCUCACCAUGCAUACUCUGCCGCUUCUGCAGCUGGCAUUGUUGACAUCAUCCGUGUCCGCCUUCUUCCCGUUCGCCCCAGACUGGCUGCAGAAGCAGGACGGAACGUUAUCCGCGCGCGAGGUGAAUCGAGAUGUUGACGGGGAAGGUGCGUCAGGGUUUAGCUUGGGUCUUCAACGGAAGCCAGAUGUGACUUCAACGAAGCCCGCCGAGAGAGCCGCCCGAGAGGCCAAGCGUCUCGCGACCAAGUAUCAACGCUCCCAUCCAGCUCAAGGCGAGACCUCUCCUGAUGUCGUGAGACGAUCCAACCAGUAUCCUGUCACGGGGGCCGACGACCCUUCUAAGGACAUGACUGCCGGAGUCAACCAGGACGGCGCCGAUUACUCAUACUUUGUCAAGGUGAAGCUCGGAUCAAAGAGCAAGUCUAUGUACAUGCUGGUCGACACAGGUGCCGGUUCUAGCUGGGUCAUGGGCUCCUCAUGCACAAGCAAGGCCUGCACAAUGCACAGCACGUUCGGCCCCGACGACUCAAGCACGUUCAAGACCGCCAACAAGGACUUCUCCAUCUCGUACGGAUCGGGUACCGUUAGCGGUACGCUGGCCACCGAUACCAUCUCCUUGGCCGGCGUCUCGUUCACGUAUAACUUUGGCCUGGCCUCCAAUACGUCAGACGAUUUUACACGCUUUGCGUUUGACGGAAUUUUGGGCCUGUCCAUGAGCCAGGGCGCUAACGACAACUUUGUCAAGUCGAUGGGAGACGCCAAGAAGCUCGACAAGAGCAUGUUUGCCGUCUCCCUGAACCGGGCGUCGGAUGGCACCAACACGGGCGAGAUACGAUUUGGCUCCACCAACUCGGACAAGUACAAGGGCGACAUCACUUACACGCCGGUGAGCUCCAGUGGUGGAGACUGGGCCAUUCAACUCGACGACGUGACGUACGACGGAUCGAAGGCGCAGGUCGGUGGAGUCAAGAGCUACAUCGACACGGGCACGUCGUUCAUCUUUGGCCCUGCCGACCUGGUGAAGAAGGUGCACGGCGUCAUCCCCGGCUCGGAGAGCGGCGACGGGCUGACGUACACGGUUCCCUGCGACAGCAAACCCUUGACGCUGACUUUUUCCGGCGUCGACUUUGCGAUAUCCCCCAAGGACUGGGUGUCGCCCAAGGACAGCUCGGGCAAGUGCACAAGCAAUAUUUACGGGCACGAGGCUGUGCCUGGGGCCUGGCUCCUCGGCGACACGUUCCUCAAGAAUGUGUAUGCCGUCUUUGACAAGGACCAGAAGCGUAUCGGUUUCGCCAAGCCUGCUGGUGGCAGCCAGACAGGCUCGAGCUCUUCUAGCGGCAAAGGAACUGCCUCGGCGACGGGAACCUCGACGCUGUUGGCCACAGGCGUGAGCUCGCAGCAGUCGGGCAAGCCGACCCUGGGCCUCGGCGGCCAUGAGACGCAGUCCGGCGGCGCCACGGCUACCGGCGAUGCUACCAAGCCGACAGAGACGUCGCAUUCUGCGGCCCCGGCCGGCGGCGCGCGCAUAGCCACCAAGCUCUGCACGGGCAUUGCGAUGGCGGCGCUCCUUGCAGCGCUGGUCUGAUUGUCUGAGGAUGACGAAAGGCAGCCCAUCCCAGGACAACCCAUUUCGCCGCUGAUGACGGCGAUGCCCACAAGUGAUUGACGAGUUGAUGUCCUAGACGGGGCGCAGUUGGAGCGCCAAUGGAUAGAUUAUGUCCAGGUGGAUGGCGACAUAGUCGCAUCAGUCAAGAGUCUCGAGACGACUCACAAACACACACACGAUACCCAUUGGGGGCCCACGCGAUGGAGCAAGGGGAACGAACGGCCCCAGCAGUUGACUGGCUUCUACCCCGAACAUGGGGUUUACAUAAAUGUAGUGUAUAUGUAGUGUAAUGCAACAGGCAUCACGGCAAGGUUUUCUCCCAUU